AUGAAAUUCUCCAUCUUCCUCGUCGCUGCCAUCGCCAUUCUUGGUGUCGUCACAGCUACCGACCAGCCUGCCGUGACAACACCAGCCGAAGCUCUCAAGAAGAUUCAGGCGUCCGCCUUACCCGAUGGCGUCACGCUAACUGGUACGACGGAGAAGAUUGACCCACCUGCUACUGCAGUUGUCGCGAAGGAAUCACAUGCCCGUGAUGACAAGGAUGAUGACGAUGAUGAAAAGGAGCAAUUCGGCUGGGGUUUAGGAGGUCUUGGUGGAUGGGGCCUCGGCGGCUGGGGCAGUUGGGGAGGCUGGGGAGGAUAUGGACCCUAUCGCUUCGGCUUUUUGCGAGGUGGCCUCCUUGGCUGGGCCUAUCCGUUGGGCUACUGGAACACGUUUGGUGCGGGUUUGUACGGUGGCGGGUGCGGUCUGGGUGUGCCCUUUGGUGGUCUCUACUACUGCUAA